AUGCAGAAGCGCAUUGGCUUAUUGUGUGGAAAGACAGAAAUGGAUUCUUCAUUUUUUUAUAAAUUCAACAUUGAUGAAGAAAGUCGACUAGCAAAUUUGUUUUGGGCUAUUUCAAUUGCUCGAAUGGAUUAUGCGUGUUUUGGAGAUGUCCUAGCAUUUGACACAACCUAUAGGACAAAUGCCUAUAAAAAGCCUCUAGUAGUGUUGGUCGGUGUUAAUCAUCACCACCAAACUGUUGUAUUUGGUUGUGCGUUAUUGAUAGAUGAAAGUGUUGGGACAUAUGAAUGGGUGUUGGAGACAUUUCUUGAGGCAAUGAUGAAUAAGAAACCCAUAUCUGUUGUAACCGAUGGGGAUAAAGCUAUGCGUAAGGCAAUUAAAAAAGUAUUGCCCGAUAUGUGUCAUCGAUUGUGUUCAUGGCAUUUGCAACGAAAUGCAUUCACGAAUGUGCAUAUUAAGGACUUCUCAAGCAUAUUUGCAAGGUGCAUGUUCAUGCGUGGGAAUGAAGAAGAAUUUGAAAAGGUUUGGCAUGAAAUGGUUGCAAAUUUGGGACUUAAUGAGAAUCGUUGGGUGAUCGAGAUAUAUGGGAAACGUAAAAGAUGGGCAGAGGCGUAUUUACGUGGAAAUUUCUUUGGAGGGAUGAGAACCACACAAAGGUGUGAGAGUAUGAAUGCAUAUCUAAAUAGAUUCUUAAAAUUCGCUUGCGACUGUAUGAGUUUGUACAACAAUUUGAUAAGCCAUAAUGAGAAUACGGUAAAACGAGGCAAAGGCAGAGUUCGAGUCGAACAAUUCUUCACCCGUGCUUUCAACCAAACUAUCCAUAAUUGA